AUGCUCCGCCGCAACCUGGUCCUCGACCUGAGCACCGCCUUCGGCUUCGGUACUACCUUCGGCUACCUCUGGUGGUACGGCUUCCACCUUCCCCGUGUCCGUGAGCGUGAUACCUACUACGCUCGCCUGGAGCAGGAGCGCGCCGAGGCCCGCGAAUAA